GAAGGUACAAGUAGUUGCGUCCUGCCUGCUGCCAACUAACUACCGGCCCAUACCGGCUGGAUUGAGCCCUCAAUAGUUUGUCCGGUUUCUAAGCAUGCGAUCUGUUACUCUUCUCUCUUUCUCGUCGCUCGCAGCAGCAGCUGUUCUUGACACGCGUGACCCUGUACCACCUGGAUAUGUUGCUCCUCCUUACUACCCAGCACCUCAUGGAGGUUGGGUGUCAGAAUGGAGUGAAAGCUACCGCAAGGCUGCGCUGCUCGUCUCCAACAUGACCCUCGCUGAGAAGACCAACAUCACCUCAGGCACUGGUAUCUUCAUGGGGCGAUGUGUUGGUAAUACUGGCAGUGCAUUGAGAGUUGGAAUACCUCAGCUUUGUCUUCAAGAUGGACCGCUUGGUCUUCGGAACACCGACCAUAAUACCGCCUUUCCGGCAGGGAUCACUGUAGGCGCGACGUGGGACAAGGAUUUGAUGCGCCGCCGUGGCAUCGCUAUUGGAGAAGAGUUCCGAGGGAAAGGAGUCAACAUUCACUUGGGCCCAAGUGUUGGCGCCCUGGGACGUAAGCCUCGCGGCGGAAGAAAUUGGGAAGGGUUUGGCUCGGAUCCCGUUCUCCAAGCGUUCGGCGGAGCCUUGACCAUCGAAGGAGUGCAAAGUGUUGGAGUCAUCGCAACUAUCAAACACUUGGUCGCUAACGAGCAGGAAAUGUACAGAAUGUACAGCCUUGUCAAGCCAGGUAUUUCCUCAAAUCUGGACGACAGGACAAUGCACGAAUUAUAUCUCUGGCCGUUUGCCGAAGGUGUUCGUAGCGGAGUUGGCUCUGUCAUGAUCGCCUACAAUGCUGUCAACGGCUCGGCUUCUGCACAAAACAGCUACUUGAUGAAUGGCCUGCUCAAGGACGAGCUUGGUUUUCAAGGCUUCGUUAUGUCAGACUGGCUAGCCCAGAUCUCUGGUGUAGCAACAGCGUUGGCUGGACUCGAUAUGUCAAUGCCGGGUGACCGGAACGAAAUACCACUUCUCGGAAACUCUUACUGGAUGUACGACUACAGCCGAGCAAUACUGAACGGUUCCGUCCCGGUCGACCGACUCAAUGAUGCCGUUACUCGCAUACUUGCCGCAUACUUCCAGAUGGGCCAGGAUCAGAAUUAUCCUCGACCCAAUUUCGACGCAAACACCCAGAAUGCCGAGGGUCCUUUGUACCCCGGUGCACUACUCUCUCCGACUGGAGUAGUGAAUGAAUUUGUCAAUGUACAAGGUAACCACGCAGAAGUCGCAAGGGAAGUCGCUAGAGAUGCCAUAACGUUGCUGAAGAAUCAAAAUAACACCCUACCGCUCUCUCGCACAGCGAGUCUGAAGAUCUUUGGCACAGAUGCCGAGAAGAAUCCAGAUGGUAUCAACUCCUGUGCUGAUCAGGGAUGUAACAAGGGCACCCUUGGUAUGGGCUGGGGAAGCGGCUCUGCACGAUACCCAUACAUGGACUCGCCCAUCGAUGGUUUCAAGUCACGAGGAUCAACCUACCAAUUCUUCAACAGUGAUUCGUUUCCUUCCAACUCAAAUCCAAGCCCAAACGAUACCGCUGUCGUUUUUGUCACGGCCGAUUCUGGAGAGAAUUACAUCACCGUAGAGGGCAAUCCUGGAGACCGGACAUCAUCUAACCUGAAUCUUUGGUAUAAUGGGGACAGGCUGAUUCAAGACGUGGCUGCAAAGUACUCGAACGUUGUCGUCGUGGUUCACACCGUCGGACCAAUCGUUAUGGACGCAUGGCACGAUCUGCCUUCAGUCAAAGCUAUUCUUUUCGCUCAUCUUCCAGGACAAGAAGCUGGCAAAUCCUUGAUGGAUGUAUUGUUUGGUGAUGUCUCGCCAUCGGGACAUCUCCCAUACACGCUUCCGAACACGGAGAGCGAUUACCCUGCCUCAGUCAAUCUAGUCGGAUAUCAGAUCGGUCAGCCGCAGGAUACUCAUACAGAGGGGCUGUAUAUUGACUACAGGCAUUUCAACAAAGAGAGUAUUAAGCCUAAGUAUGCUUUUGGCCAUGGCCUGAGUUAUACUUCAUUCUCUUUCUCAGGCGCGUCCAUAAGAGCUGUCACGCCGCUGUCCUCCGUGCCACCAACGCGCGCAGCCAAGGGUGCAACACCCUCAUACUCGACUGCGAUUCCACAAGCAUCAGAAGCCUAUUGGCCAGAAAAUUUCGAUCGCAUAUGGCGGUAUCUCUAUUCAUGGCUCGAGAAGCAGGACGCAGACGCCGCCGCAACGGCCGCGAAUUCUGCAACAAAGUACCCGUACCCAGUAGGCUACUCCAACGUGCAGAAACCAGGACCUGCAGCUGGAGGCGCACAGGGAGGCAACCCUGCCCUGUUUGACGUCGCGUACGACGUGUCACUGACAGUCACCAACACCGGGACCAGAGCCGGCAAGGCAGUUGCUCAACUUUAUGUUCAAUUUCCUCAGGGUGUCACAUUUGAUACGCCAGUCAUCCAGCUGCGCGACUUCGAGAAGACUGGCACACUGCAGCCUGGCGCGUCUCAAACCCUCAGUCUGCGGGUUACGAGAAAGGAUCUGAGUGUGUGGGAUGUAGUCUCUCAGAACUGGCGUAUACCUUCAGUUACUGGAGAUUAUGGAAUAUGGGUCGGUAACAGCUCGGACAACUUGCACUUGAGGUGCAGCACGGCCGGUAGGACUUGUGCUGAUGGGCAGACGAGCCCCGUUUGACAUUCCGAGGGAGUACAUGUUUCUAUACGCACCGGAAUAAUUUAAUUCUGUCUA